UGGCCAGGAAAAAAAUAUAUAAAAUUUUUCCUUAUGGUGAAUAAACAAGGCCAGACCCGACUUUCUAAGUACUAUGAGCAUGUGGAGAUUAAUAAGCCUACACUUCUGGAAACAGAAGUCAUAAAGAUCUGUCUCUCUCUAUCCAAUGAACAAUAUUCUUUCAUUGAAUAUAAGGAUUUUAAGCUGAUAUAUAGGCAAUACGCAGCUCUCUUCAUUGUGGUUGGAGUUAAUGACACUGAGAAUGAGAUGGCUAUUUAUGAAUUCAUCCACAAUUUUGUGGAAGUUUUAGAAGAGUACUUCAGCUGAGUGAGUGAACUUGAUAUAAUGUUUAAUUUGGAAAAAGUACACAUAAUUUUGGAUGCGAUGGUGUUAAAUGGCUGCAUUGUGGAAACUAAUAGGGCAAGAAUUCUUGCCCCUCUACAAAUUCUUGAUAAGAUGUCAGAAAGCUGAAUAGAAGGCUCUGCCAGAUAGCAUCAAUUCAUAGGAAAUGUGAAGACCAUUUGAAAAGAAUCUGGAAGACUACCUAUUAUGAAAUGGGGUACCCUUCCAAACAAUAUAAAUAGGUAUUUUCCACAGUUCCUAAAUGGAAAAUAAAGUUUU